AAAUUCUAAAUAUUUUAAUAUCAGAAGGUGUUCGUCCAAAGUAUCACCAGAAAUGUCUACAAUUCAGACACAGUGCUGCUCACAGCUUAUUGACUGUUGAAUAUGGUGUGGAGCUGAUGCAGUCUGAAAAGUUGAUCCCGGAUCCAUGGAUACAUUGUGGCUGCCACAGAGCAGAGUUGUUAAGAUCUCUGUCAAAAAGUGAGACAUGGAGGAGGAUGCAAGCGCAGAUGGAGCAGUCUUUAGUAAACACAGUGUCAAACAAUGAAAAACAUCAACAAAAAUCCAAUUAAGAAGCAGAGGUUGGAUGAUCAGAAAACAGACAUAAACAAGCACAGGCAAAAACAUGGGAGUCAGGGAUCAAAAACAGAGGUUGAAUAAAUGAGAUCUAAACAUCUAACAAGCUGGUAAUUAAACAGGGAUAUGGGAUUAAGUGGAAGUGUUUUCCCAAAGCAGCAACAGAAAUUAGAUUGAUUACACACUGUAACUGACCAGAAGCUCCUUUUGUGUUUGAAAUUUGAAAGCAUUUGUAAAGUGCUUAUGAAGUUCACAAAUAUUUCAGACACACUUCCUGUUCAGCUCUUUCUCACACAAAUAGAAGUGGAAGUGGGUGCAGCAUCACUUUAUGGGUAAGACACAGAUGAAGACACGACACAUUCAUAGAGCAGGACAGAGACAGUAACAGUGUGUAACAGAACAGGAGCUUUAAUAUCUUUUUGAAGCAGAGUUGGUAUAGAGAUCUGUGAGAGUGAACUCAGGAUGAAGAUCCUCCUCAUCUUCACCCUCUGUCUGAUCUCAGAUGGAGGAGCCUCAAAGGAAGUAACAGGAUAUUCAGGAGGAGGAAUCCUUAUCAAGUGCAAGUAUGAUACAGCAUACAAAGAUAAACAAAAAUAUUUCUGUAAGGGUUCAAUGCCAGGCUGUCUUGACCAAAUAAAGACAGGAGAUAAAAACCAGUGGGUAAAUUCAGGAAGAUUCUCACUGUUUGAUGACACCAAAUCAUCAGAGUUCUGGGUGAUGUUCAGAGAGCUCACUGUACAGGACACUGGGACGUACCAGUGUGGAGUUGAUAAAACUUUAGUGAAAGACAUUUACACACCGGUGGAACUGAAGGUAAAGGAAGGGUCCUUGGUUUCUAGAGAAGUGACUGCAUAUGCAGGGGGAAGAAUUAACAUCAAAUACAGAUAUGAGGAUGAAUAUAAAGACAAAUUAAAGUCAUUCUGUAAGAUCGGAACACAUCAGUGGUGUUUUAAUCAAAAACAACCAAAACUGAACAGUGAAUGGUCACAUGAUGGCAAAUUCUCAAUUCAUGACAACAGAAGUGCAGGAUUCUUCAGUGUGUUUAUCAUAGAGCUGAUUAUAGAGGACACAGGAACAUACGCGUGUGGUGGUCUUGUGUCUGAUAAACUGGCGGUCUACACUGUAGUGACACUGAAUGUAACAGAAGGUCUGUCCUAUGAAAAGUCCAUCAGUGAGACUGUCCAUGUAGGAGGAGAUUUAACUGUCAGAUGUAAAUACCCACAAUCCCUCAGGAGUGACCCCAAGUUUCUCUGCAGGAGGACACAAGAUUUUGCUUGUUUUUAUAAGGACUCUGUUAAAGAUACUAGAAAAAAUAUAACUUUUGGGAAAUUCUCCCUGUAUGAUGACAGAGAAAAACAAAUCUUCACUGUAAAUAUUAGAAAUGUAACUAAGCAGGACUCUGAAUACUGGUGUGGAGCUGAAAAAAACUGGACGUCUGAUCAUGGAUACAAGGUUUAUUUCACCCGGAUCAACCUGACAGUCACUGAGCAAUAUGUCCCAGUUUCAACCUCAAAGCGAACACAUCCUUCAUUUUCAUCAUCACCAUCAUCAUCAUCAUCCUCAUCAACAUCAUCCCCACUUCUUCGUCUCACAGAUAAAAACAAAUCCCGGACUUCUUCAGCUUCUCCUCCAGCAGGAUUUCCAGCUUCCACUGUUAUCACUGUGUCUGUAAUUCUGCUACUGCUUCUGAUUGGAACCAUAACCGUCUUCAUGGCACUACAAAAGAGACAAAAGUUGCAAGCAGAUUCAGCCUCUACUACUUCUGGUCAAGACCCAGGAAACCAAGUGGUUCCUCUUGAUAUCUGUGAAUAUGAAGAGAUAAAAGACAGCAGACGACUUUCUGCCUCAGAUGCUGGAAAUUCCACAAUUUACUCUACAGCUGAACUACCCACAAUCCCCUCUGAUCAUCACACGGUUUAUGCAAAUUCAAAUACCCACAAGCCCCUACGAUUCUGCUGUUUGACCUACUGCUCAACUGCCCACAAUCCGCUCUGAUCAGGACAUCUACUCUACAGCUCAGUUACCUACAUGUCUCUCGGCUGCAGAAUCUGAUGAAGGUCUGAAUUACACAUCAGUGAGUUUUCAUGCCAAAUCCACCAGCUCUAAUGAUGCAGCUGCAAAGAUUAUCUUUAAGAAGACAGAGGUCUUGUGUGACUACUAUUCACUUAGUCAUGUUACUUCGCUAGUUUAUCAUUAUUACUCCAAGUAUGUGUUGGUGGAACUAUAUACAACUUUGUCUAUUACAGUACUUUGUUCUUCCAUUUGCUCUUGGUCAUUUCUCUUAACCAGUGAGGAUGAACGCCUAUCCCUUUUCUAUCUUUUUUAUUGACACUUUCUUCUGGCUGUUUAACAAACAAGACAUUUUGAUAACUAUCCUUGGACAACCAUUGUUUUUUUAAUUUUAAACGACUCUGAUAAAAUUUUAUUAAAAUGGCUGUUAUUAGAGAAAUGUGUUAGAGAAAUGUGGUUGAACUGUUAAGAGAGGCUAUCACAGUUUACUUCUGCUGUAGGCUACUGUCUAGUGAAUUUUUGGAGAAUUCACAUCAUAAACAGUUGAGAGACAGUUAAAGCAUGGAAUUUGUACCAUGUUACUGAAAGGUGACAGUGACUCUCUCCGACCCAGCACACACAUCCUCACAGUGUGUCAAUCUGCUUGGUUUGCUUAAAGUCAUAACUUUUUUGUGUUUAUUGCAUUUCCCAAAUUCUUUCUUGAGGAGCAGUUUAACUGCCCUGUUUGUCUCGACUUGCCCAAUGAGCCCAUGAUGAUUCUGUGCAGGACACAGCCCUGCUCAUGCUCAAGUAUGUCUUUCACUUGCAAGGCCUCCCAUGAAACAUUGUAUCCGAUCAUGGUCCUCAGUUCAGCUCUAACUUCUGGAGAGAGUUUUGACAGCUCCUGGGGUCACCAUCAGCCUGUUCUCUGGGUUCCAUCUUCAGUCUAAUCGACAAACCGAAAAAUGAAGGCCUCGGAAAAUGGAGCCUUUGCCCUCCCUCAGCCCUUGCCCUGUUCAAGCGUUGCUGACACGUCUGGAAAAAAGCUUGUGUGGUCCCACUCAAUGCUUCUAGGAGCUACACCUGGUGGUCCAAUAACAAGCGCUGUCCGGUACCCCCGUAUCGUGUCGGUCAGAGGGUCUGGCUAUCCACCAGAGACCUGCAGCUUAAGGUGGCCUGCAGGAAAUUUACCCCACGCUUUGUUGGGCCUUUUCCCAUCUCCAAGGUGCUAAAUCCAGUGGCAGUCUGACUCAAGUUCCCCAGAGUCCUACGUAUUUACCAUAGAUUCAAACCAGUUCAAACCUGCUCGCUGGUUCCCUCCACCAGAACCCUUCAACUCACGCAUUUCAUUGAUGGGGGCCCUGCUUACACUGUUCGCCGGCUCCUACACUGUUCGCAGUAAGGGAUUACAGUAUCUGGUUGAUUGGGAGGAUUAUGGAUUUUGGAUGCUGAUCUCAUCAUCCAGUUCCAUCGUGAUCAUCCUAACCAGCCAGGAGGGAUUUCAUGAGACACCCCGUUCGAGGGAGGGGUACUGUUAGCAACUCUUCUCAGUUUUCCCUGUACACUGUGAUUUCAUCCCACCUUGUUCCUUUUCUGCCCUGCCUGGUUUGACUCUGUUUGUUUCUGGUUUCUGUGUUUUUGCCUGCCCUGUAUUACCGUGCCUGCCUGUGUACCAGAUUAUUGGACUGUUUUUCACUCUCUGCAUUUGCCUGCCUUGCCUAAUUAUUUUUUCAAGCUCAUUAAAGACUUUUAUUAUUUA